AUGUUAAGAGCGGCCGUGGCGACGCUAGUGUGCCUCAGCGUGGCGCGCGCCUCGCCGGCCGAGCCGCACGGACUACGCGUACACGCUCAGAACUCUUACAACCCAAAGGAUCUAAAUAGCGUUUUGGCCAACAUCGACGAGCGCCUGAAACUUCUGGACACAAUAAGCGCCGCUCAGGCGAAACAAGCACGGCGCCUAGACGUGAUACAAGACAAACUAGACCGUGUGGAGACUACUCUAUCACUGAGACUGGAAAGAGCACAACUCGCAGCUGAGAGGCUAGAACAUCGACUGCAUAUGUUGCAAACUAAUGUCCAGGCGUCUAUUAAAGAGAGCAGCGAGAAAAUAGAGCGGAGCCAGAUUAAAAUUGCCGAAAUUGCCCAGAAUUUAACAAAUCAUAUCAACUCUCACAAACACUUGCUUGAGAAGGUAAGCGGAGCAUACGCAGAAACUUGGCACCGUGGACUAGUACUAGAGGCCCUAAUGCGAGACGGCCUUGCCCUAGUGAACGUGACGCGGCGGGAGCUGGCAGACGGAUUGCGGGCCCUCGCAAGAAGGCAACGGGACGCGCGUCUUACAUCCGCUGACUUAGAAGCAGCCUUCACACGCUAUCUUAAGGACAACUCAUACAGAAUGGACCUAAAGAUGCAAGAGGUUCUUGACACUCAGAAACGCUUUGUAGACUCCUGUCAGCGAGUGCAGCUCGAUGACCCUACACAUGUUGCAGACGUGUUAGACAGACUGAUCGAUUCGCUCAUUAAUAAAACCGCGGCAACUUUCCAUGAACUGCAAAGCAUUCAACUCACUAUGCGAAACCACGACAACAAGAUAAUGAAGCUUCUCAGUAAUGGACGGUCAACACAGACAGACGCAACGUGCAGAAGAUUAGAAAACCUAUUCCGAAACGUAUCUCAAUCUACGAUGAAAGAGAACGAACUACACCAGCUAACAGAAAAGUUUGUCGGUUUAACUAACAGAGCUGAUGCGGCACUCCAGCGGUUGGAAGCACAACUGGGAUAUGACAUAAACGAACCAACACCACCCACAUCCGAAGUCAAAGCCGCUGCGGAUCGCUUACUUCUCCGCCUGAAUGGAAUCAAGAACGAAGAGAUAUCAAACGAAGAUGAUGAAUGGGAAGAAAGCGACCAAGAUAACGAAUUCUUUGACGAUGGUGGAGGUGGUGAUAUGAUGGAUGAAGACAAAGAGAUUCUAAACGGCGCUUUUGAAAAGAGCAAGCAUACUGAAAGUAUAACAAUCAGACCACCACACCGGAGACAUCUGCAUAAACAUCCAUACGACCGUGGUCCAAGUUGGAGAAAUACACCCACAGCUUAA